AUGUCAAAAGACAAAUUAAUCGAACAGUAUGCAGAUAUUUUUAGUGGUUUAGGAAAACUACCAGGAAAGUACCACAUUGAAAUAGACAAAAGUGCAAAUCCAGUGGUUCACCCACCAAGGAAAAUACCCGCAGCGUUACUUAAACCUGUACAAGAUGAAUUAAAGCGAAUGGAAGAUCUGGGCGUGAUAACGAAACAAGAUGGUCCAACAGAUUGGGUCAACAGUAUGGUGACAGUACGCAAACCAGGAAAAAUUCGCAUUUGUGUGGAUCCAAAAGAUUUGAAUCAGCACAUUAAAAGAGAACAUUAUCAUCUAUUGACCGUAGAAGAAAUUAUUGAACGACUGCCAAAUGCCAAAGUCUUCUCAAGAUUUGAUGCCACACAUGGCUUUUGGCAUAUUCAGCUCGAUGAGGAAAGUUCUAAAGCACUUACCUGCAAUACACCAUUCGGUAGAUACCGGUACCUGAGACUUCCUUUCGGAAUCUCGUCAGCUUCAGAAGUGUUUUCAAAACGUGUACAGGAUCUAUUUUCAGACUCACUUGGUGUUGAGUGUUUAGUGGACGAUACACUAGUACAUGGAGAAAACAACGCGGAACAUGAUGAAAACCUUAUUCACAUGCUGGAACAACAGGUAUAA